ACAAAUAUUUGCCUGUCCCCAAAUUAGUCUGAAGCCAGUGACUCUGAAGUGAAGUGUGUCUGCUGUGGAUGAAUCAAAAUGUCCAGUGGUCACAGGCUCCUGGUGAAGAACGCCAAACAGCUGGUUCUCAUCUGCAACAACGGAGAGAAAUACAAGAUCAAACAUGGGAUGCAAAAUCUUUGUGUGGUUGAAAAUGGGAGCGUGGUGAUUGGGAGUGACGGGCUGAUUAAAGCUGUGGGGCCUGCAGAGGUGAUCGCAGCUCAGUAUCCUGAAGCUUCCUUUGAUAAAGUGAUUGAUGCUACAGGGAUGUGUGUCCUGCCUGGGUUGGUUGACGCUCACACUCAUCCGGUCUGGGCUGGUGAUAGAGUGCAUGAAUUUGCAAUGAAGCUGGCAGGCGCCACCUACAUGGACGUGCACCGUGCCGGUGGAGGGAUCCACUUCACGGUGGAGCACACUCGAGCUGCCAGCUCCUCCGAGCUGCUGGCCUCCCUCAGCGGCAGGCUGGUGCGGAUGCAGCGAGCAGGAACGACCCUGGUGGAGUGUAAGAGCGGGUACGGCCUGGAGCUGCAGACUGAGCUCAAGAUGCUGGAGGUGAUCGAGGAGGCCAGACGCACACUGCCCAUCAAUGUCUCCUCGACCUACUGUGGAGCCCACGCUGUGCCCAAAGGGAAGACGGUAGCAGAGGCCACAAAGGACAUCCUGCAGGUUCAGCUGCCUCGGCUCAAAGAGAAGAUGUCCGCUGGGACUCUGAGGGUCGACAACAUCGACGUGUUCUGUGAGCAGGGAGUGUUUGACCUCAGCUCGACUCGCUCCAUCCUGCAGGCCGGCAAAGACAUGGGCCUCAACAUCAACUUCCACGGGGACGAGCUUCAUCCCAUGAACUCUGCUCAGCUGGGUGCAGAGCUCGGAGCGUUAGCCAUCAGUCACCUGGAGGAGGUCACAGACGAGGGGAUCGCUGCCAUGGCAACAGCUAAAACCGCAGCCGUCCUUCUGCCGACCACAGCUUACAUCCUACGGCUGCCGCAGCCUCGGGCCAGACACAUGCUGGAAGCAGGAGUGAUUGUCGCCCUCGGCAGCGACUUCAACCCCAACGCCUACUGCUGCUCCAUGCCAAUCGUCAUGCACCUGGCCUGUGUCAACAUGAGGAUGUCCAUGCCCGAGGCUUUGACUGCGGCCACCAUCAACGCCGCCUACGCCCUCGGACGCUCCCACACACACGGCUCUCUGGAGGUCAACAAACAUGGAGACCUGCUGAUCCUCAACACCUCACGAUGGGAGCAUCUCAUCUACCAGCUGGGAGGACAUCAGGAGCUCAUCCGCUACGUCGUCAUCAAAGGCAACGUCGUCGUUGACAAUGACAAAACCAUGGACUUAUAACCAGAGGUGAAUCAGUGAUGGCACUGUCAAUGAUUCUGAUAGAAAGGUACACAGAUUAUAAGAUAACACUUUGACAUUUGGAGAUGUGUGAAAGGCUCUGGAAGCAGGUAGGCAGCCCAGGAGAAAUCUUUAGUAAUCCAACAGCUGAGUUUGGCAUUUUAAAGUAUUUUAAAACAAAUAUAAGUUUUGAU